CGAAAUGUCUCACUGGAAGGAUAUCAGAUAUCUCACAAUAACAAGACUAGUUAAACUACCCUUGAACGACCAUGGCUUGGAUUGAUUUUGCUCCUUUGCGUAUACCACUUCAUCGGCGUAUUGAGACAACGGCGGUUAUUCUCUUUUAUUACUCAUUUUAUUUUGGAGCCCUUGUUGGUACAUGUAUUAUCAUAGGUUUGUUUUUCACCUCGUAUUAUCCACUUGCAUUAUUGUACCUUACCUGGGCUUACAUCUUUGAUUCGGGAACUCCAAGCCACGGCGGACGUCGAGUAGAAUUUGUUCGUCGUUUACGACUGUGGAAAUAUUUUCGGGACUAUUUUCCAAUCAAGCUGGUCAAGACAGCGGAGCUGAAUCCAGAGAAAAAUUAUAUUUUUGGGUAUCAUCCCCAUGGCAUACUCUGUGCGGGCGCGUUCUGCAAUUUUUCGACAGAGGCAACCGAUUUUUCGACUGUCUUUCCUGGUAUUGUUCCUCAUUUGCUGCCACUUAUGGCUCUAUUCAGACCGCCAUUAUUCCGAGAUUACAUUAUGUUAUCGGGCAUGUGUGACGUCACGCGUGAAAGCUGUGAAUAUAUAUUGACAAAGAAAGGCGCCGGAAACUCUGUCGUAAUCGCCGUUGGUGGAGCGAUCGAGGCCUUGGAUGCACAUCCUGGAAAUUUCAUUUUAACAUUGAAAAAGCGGAAAGGAUUUAUUAAACUUGCACUUCAAACAGGAUCAUCUCUCGUCCCUGUAUUUUCUUUUGGAGAGAAUGACAUUUUCAAACAGGUCAGUAAUCCCCGAGGAUCUCGUCUGCGAGAGAUACAAACGAAAAUUCAAAACACUAUUGCGUUUGCUCCAGUCCUGUUUUAUGGUCGAGGAAUAUUUCAAUACAGUUUUGGUUUACUGCCACACAGUAAACCAAUACACACAGUUGUUGGUGCUCCAGUUGAAGUCGAGAAGAAUUUGUCGCCAGGUCAAGAAGAAUUGGAUGAAUUACACAAGAGAUAUAUCGAUGCAUUGGUUCAGCUUUUUGAGGAGAACAAGGAAAAAUAUGGCGUUCCAAAAGAAACCAAGUUACAGUUUGUUUGAAUGUGUAAUUUGAGCGCAAGGUUGAACUGACCAGUGUUUGCUAUCUGAUACCAUCCCACUGUAGUUUACCAUAAAUUAUGAAUUUGAUCAAAGAAGCAUGUUAUAU